UAUUUUUUUUACAAUCACUGCAUGGCUUCCAAUAACACUAAAUGCUUAUUCGCCGGUAAAGGGAUACUAUCCCUUAUAGGUACUUACUUCUACAGAAUGUUUUUCAAUAUUGGUGCCGUUGCCUCGUUUAAAACAGCAAUUGAUUCUACGUUUGAAUUAUUUUUUAUCACUAUAAUGUACGUGUUGUCCCUUUACACGAGAUCAUAUUUCUUAGGGGCAUUAUACUUUAAAUUCAGAAGCAAAAUUCGUUAUCAAUAUUUUGUUCGCAACAUAACGAACUAUUACGUCAAGCAGAAUAUUCACCCGGACCUUAUGGCAAGACUACAAAGAUAUUUACGGUGUCACUGGAAAUAUUUUAGUGGCGUUGAUAUUACUCAUCCGAAUCCGCUGAAAGGUGAGGCUUUUGUCAUUUACUGGAAGUGCCACGGCGAAACGGCAGUAAGAAUCAUAAGUGAAUCGGAGAUACUCAAAGGCGCUGAUCCUGCUCUUGUACGAGAACUAGCACAAAAGGCUAAGAUUUUAUUAAUACCCAAAAGAGCGGCUGUGCUGCUAUUUGGUAUUCAAACGUGUCGAAUAAACUGGCUUUUAGAAGGUGUAUUGCGAUGCGAGUACCAAAGUGAUGCUAAUGAAACUAUCGUUAACUAUGUGCAGCCUGGAAAAGUUUUGUCUGCAUUGACAGUGUUGUACAGUGGAACCUCCAUACAGACUUUCACCGCAGCUUCCGACUGCGAGAUACUGUACAUAACGCGCUCUGAUUUUUUUGAAACUAUUAGACGCUAUCCGCUAGAAGCGAGUUUUUUCGAGAAUACUUUAAAGGAAAUGGAGCCUGAAUAUACGGCAGUAGUUAACGACUAUGUACAGAGGAACAGAGAGCGUCGCUACACAUCAUCGCACCUUUCAGCUGACUAG